UAGCGGCUGUGUAGCCCUAUUUCUGAACAGUCUUCGCUCGAUCGUCGGACAAACAAGUUAAGGAAAGCAAAAAUGAAGGUUUUCGUCGCCAUCUGUGUGCUGAUUGGACUGGCCUCCGCUGACUAUGUGGUGAAGAACAGGCACGACAUGCUGUCCUAUCGGGAGGAGUGCGUCAAGGAGCUGGCCGUUCCCGUGGAUCUGGUGGAGAAGUACCAAAAGUGGGAGUACCCCAACGACUCCACGACCCAGUGCUACAUCAAGUGUGUCUUCACCAAGUGGGGUCUGUUCGAUGUCCAGACUGGUUUCAAUGUGGAGAACAUUCACCAGCAGCUGGUGGGCAAGCAUGCCGACCACAACGAGGCCUUCCACACCGCCUUGGCCGCCUGCGUGGACAAGAAUGAGCAGGGAUCCAACGCCUGCGAGUGGGCCUACCGUGGAGCCACCUGCCUGCUGAGGGAGAAUGCUGCCCUGAUCCAGAAGAGCCUGGCCCCCAAGGUUUAGGUACUCUUCAAUGAUCGAUUUUACUGAUAAGCAUAAAUUUAGUUAAUAGAUUAAUUGAUUUCAAACAAAUUUCAUGAUUCGUCGUCAAUACAUUGCGAAAAGAAA